UUCUAUAGCUUGCUCCCUGAAAAGACAGUUUCUUGUCUGCAGGUUGAGAGUUCCCCACAUCAACGAAGCGCAUCAUCAAAAACUUCCGGAGAUCUAAUUCCCUUCACCAAACUGUAGCAAAUCAGAUCUCAAACGGAGCGAAAAGCAGCUAUGGAGAAGUCGUGCACUCUGUUGGUGCACUUCGACAAGGGCUCCCCAGCCAUGGCGAAUGAGAUCAAGGAAGCUUUGGAAGGGAAUGACAUUGAAUCCAAGAUUGAAGCCUUGAAGAAGGCGAUUAUGCUGUUGCUUAAUGGGGAAAGCAUUCCACAGCUUUUCAUCACACUUAUACGCUAUGUGCUACCCUCUGAUGACCACACCAUCCAGAAGCUUCUCCUUCUUUAUUUGGAGAUCAUCGACAAGACUGAUUCACGAGGUAAAGUUCUUCCGGAGAUGAUUCUUAUUUGCCAGAACCUCCGCAACAACCUUCAGCACCCCAACGAGUAUAUUCGCGGCGUCACGCUCCGGUUUCUCUGCCGUAUAAACGAGACCGAGAUCAUAGAGCCGCUGAUCCCUUCCAUUCUCACCAAUCUGGAGCAUCGCCAUCCAUUCGUCCGGCGGAAUGCGGUGCUUGCCGUCAUGUCUGUUUACAAACUUCCUCAAGGGGAGCAAUUACUGGAUAGUGCACCUGAGAUCAUCGAGAAGUUCUUGACCUCUGAGCAGGACAACUCCAGUAAGAGAAAUGCUUUUCUCAUGCUCUUUAAUUGUGCCCAAGAAAGGGCCAUCAAUUACCUCUUUACCAACAUCGAUAAGAUGAAUGAUUGGGGGGAGCAGCUUCUGAUGGUUGUCUUAGAGUUAAUUAAGAAGGUUUGCCGGGCCAAUAAGGCCGAGAAAGGCAAAUAUAUUAAGAUAAUUAUAGCUUUGUUGAAUGCCCCGUCAACUGCGGUUGUUUAUGAGUGUGCUGGAACUCUUGUGUCUCUUUCCUCAGCUCCCACGGCUAUUAGAGCCGCUGCAAAUACUUACUGCCAGCUUUUGCUGUCCCAAAGUGAUAACAACGUAAAGCUUAUUGUUCUUGAUAGGCUUAAUGAGCUUAAGACAUCUCAUAGGGAGAUCAUGGUCGAACUAGUAAUGGAUGUGCUUCGAGCACUUUCCAGCCCAAAUCUUGAUAUUAGGAGGAAAACUAUAGAUAUUGCCCUUGAAUUGAUUACUCCUAGGAAUAUUGAUGAAGUCGUUAUGUUGCUGAAGAAGGAGGUGGUGAAGACUCAAAGUGGAGAGCAUGAGAAGAAUGGAGAAUAUAGGCAAAUGCUGGUGCAGGCUAUACAUACAUGUGCAAUUAAGUUCCCCGAGGUCGCCAGUACAGUGGUACAUCUCUUGAUGGAUUUCUUGAGCGAUACCAACGUGGCUUCAGCAAUGGAUGUUGUUGUUUUUGUACGUGAGAUCAUUGAAACUAAUCCCAAAUUGCGAGUUUCCAUCAUCACCAGACUGUUGGAUACAUUCUAUCAGAUUCGUGCAGCAAGGGUGUGUUCUUGUGCACUUUGGAUCAUUGGAGAGUACUGUCUCUCGCUCUCUGAAGUUGAGAGUGGAAUCUCUACGAUCAAAAAUUGCCUUGGUGACCUUCCUUUCUACACAGCUUCAGAGGAAGGAGAGGCACAAGAGUCUUCAAAAAGCUCACUGCAAGUUAGCUCAACCACAGUAUCCUCUAGACGGCCUGCCAUUCUUGCUGAUGGGACCUAUGCUACCCAAAGUGCGGCUCUUGAAACUGCAAUGUCCCCACCAACCCUUGUUCAGGGAUCCCUAUCCUCUAUGGGAAAUUUGAGAUCCUUAAUUCUUUCUGGCGACUUUUUCCUUGGUGCAGUUGUGGCUUGCACACUUACAAAGCUUGUUUUGAGACUAGAGGAGGUUCAGCCUUCCAAAGUCGAAGUGAACAGAGCCUUCACUCAGUCAUUAUUGAUCAUGGUUUCCAUGUUGCAACUGGGUGAAUCUUCAUUUCUUCCUCAUCCAAUUGAUAAUGAUUCACGUGACAGGAUUGUCCUCUGUAUUAGAUUGCUAAGCAAUACAGGCGAUGAAGUGAGGAAGAUAUGGUUGCAAUCUUGCAGACAGAGCUUUGUGAAAAUGCUAGCUGAAAAGCAACGCCAUGAAACCGAAGAGAUAAAAGCCAGGGCUCAGAUAUCUCAUGCACAGCCAGAUGAUUUAAUUGAUUUUUACCACUUAAAAAGCAGGAAGCCUGUUUAUGCAGAAGCUUAUGUCACUGUUCAUCAUUAUGACAUUGUUCUUGAUGUUACAGUUAUUAACAGAACCAAAGAGACUCUUCAGAACUUGUGCCUUGAGUUGGCCACUAUGGGUGACCUCAAACUUGUYGAACGSCCUCAAAACUAUACGCUUGCUCCAGAGUCAAGCAGACAAAUAAAGGCUAACAUCAAGGUUUCUUCUACUGAAACAGGAGUCAUAUUUGGUAACAUUGURUAYGAGACWUCUUCUAAUGUGCUCGAGAGAACAGUCAUAGUUCUUAAUGAUAUCCACAUUGAUAUAAUGGAUUACAUUUCUCCUGCAUCCUGUACUGAUGUGGCAUUUAGAGCAAUGUGGGCUGAAUUUGAGUGGGAAAACAAGGUUGCUGUGAACACAAUAAUUCAAGAUGAGAAGGAAUUUCUAAAUCACAUUAUGAAGUCGACUAAUAUGAAGUGCCUGACACCAAUAUCGGCAUUGGAAGGCGAAUGUGGUUUUCUUGCUGCUAACCUUUAUGCAAAGAGUGUUUUUGGAGAAGAUGCUUUGGUGAAUGUGAGCAUUGAAAAGCAAUCAGAUAGCAAGUUGAGUGGGUACAUCAGGAUAAGAAGCAAGACUCAAGGUAUUGCUCUCAGUCUCGGAGAUAAGAUCACUUUGAAACAGAAGGGAGGCUCAUGAACAUUCAAAUUUGAUUAAUAAUAUUUGGAAUUUUGCUUCAACCUCUCACUGUAUUGCCUGCCCUCCUUUGCGGCCAUUCGAACUCGUUGCCAUUUUAUUUUCUUUUACUGCUCAUUUUUUAUUUAGACCUUGAGAUAUCUUGCUCUUUCUAGAAAGAGGGAUCUGUUAUUAUGUGUUAGUGUCCACAAACAAGUGGCAAUUUUAUGCUGUCUUUAUUCUUUUUCGUCCUCUUUUUGUAGUUAUUGUGGACUACAGAGUAUCUUCUACAGAUAAAUUUUUGUUGAUCUUUUUACAUGAUUUAGAUGUCUGUUCGUCAAACUAAUAGUAUGGAAAAUUAAUAACAAGUUAUUGAGAACUG